UCGCCGUGCGCCCCUCCCCCCCGCACGCCCGCCGCCUGCCCCGCGCCCCUCCUCCCCACCGCGGCGCGGCGCGGUGCGGUGCGGUGCGGACGGCAGCAGUAGCGGCAGGCGCAGGCGCUGCCCAGCGCCGCUAUCAGAGACGCCCGCGCCUCCGCACCCUCCGCCGGCUCUCGAGGCGGCGGCCGAGUCCUCUCCUGGCCUUGCACCUUGCGGCGGCGGCGGCGGCUGAGACCCUCCCGCGCCGGCGGGGCGGCGGCAGGAAGCACCGCUCCCCCUGACGGCGGGGCUCCCGGUGGCCCAGCGCCGCUGUCAGCCGGGCGGGCGCCCGCCGUCCCGGAGACCUCUUCGGCAGCGCGGCGGCCGGCGCCUCCCAGUACAUGGAUUACCUGACUAUGUCUGAAUGUAUCCAGCUGUCAUUUGCUGUUUGUAGAAUUGGCAUUUACACGUGUUUUAGAGCACUUUGCUGCAAGGGACCACCACCCCCACGACCUGAAUAUGACUUGGUUUGCAUAGGCCUUACUGGUUCUGGCAAGACAAGUCUUCUGUCACAGCUUUGCAGUGAAAGCCCGGAGAAUAUAGUGUCUACCACAGGUUUUAGUAUUAAAGCGGUGCCAUUCCAGAAUGCCAUCUUGAACGUAAAAGAACUUGGAGGUGCUGACAAUAUCAGGAAAUACUGGAGUCGUUACUACCAAGGAUCCCAAGGGGUGAUAUUUGUAUUAGACAGUGCCUCCUCUGAAGAUGAUUUGGAAACUGCUAGGAAUGAACUACAUUCUGCUCUCCAGCACCCACAGUUAUGUACUUUGCCGUUUUUAAUACUGGCCAAUCAUCAAGACAAGCCAGCAGCUCGCUCCGUGCAAGAGGCACGAUUGGAGAAUAUACUUCAUUUUAUUGAUGUGAUCAGGAAAAAUUACAGGAGAAGCUAAGCUGAAAUAUAAUCAGUAAAUGUAAUCCAUUUUUCCUGUGUUCAAUUUCAGGUUGGCUGUUUUCUAGGGUUUUUUUUUGUUUUAAAAUGAAAUCGCGAAAGUUUUGGCAUUGUAUUCUAGAAACUAUAAAUUAAGAUGUAAUUUUAAAUAGUGUUCCUCUUAUUUCUCUUCUGUGAUCUUCUAUACUAUUUAUUCCAACUUCCUGUAUCAAAGAUAUAUGUAAGUUGUUCUGUUGGUCCUGUAACAGUAGCAGAUAUUUAAGUGUUUUCAAAUAGGUGCUAAGUAAUUUCAGCUCAGCCAUUCUGAAAUAAAGACUGCAUAUAUUAACCAAACUGUAAUACUCAGAUAAUUGUAUUUAACAGAUAUCUUGGAAAAUAACUUUUUUUUAGAUUAAAAUCAAAAUAAUGAAGAAUUAUUCAUACAUAAGGUGAUUCUAACUGCUGUUUUGGAAGCCUUCUGAAUUAGUAAAUAAAAGUAGUUACAAAUGGAAAAUAAAUUUAGCUACUUGGCAGAUGGGAAGGAAAUGAGUAUUGGUUUGGCCACUGUUUCCAAAAUACAAAGUGCAAUUCUAAAACUACCUAACUCUAUAUAUAUUUAUAAUAAGGAUCUUGGUGACAGAGUGUGCUUUUGACUUCCCAUCACAAAAGUGCUUUUGAUUAUAACAACUGUUUUCAGUUAGUCAGAUUUCUGUUACAGGCUUAAAUGUGACAGGAGAUUUAUGAUGAUAAAAGUACUGAAUUGCUUUGCAAGGGAACAGCAGCAUUAGUAUAAUUACCAACUUGUUGAUUUUUGUUUUGAAAUGUAUGCUGCUUUGUGUAAUAAUACCAGAAGAUGUAUAUUGAAGUGGAUUCCUGUGAUUGCAGCAGUAUUCAGACAGAGAGCUGCUUUUCUCCCAGAUCAAAGCAAUAUUUAAGGGUCUCAGAUAGAAUGUGUUGGAAGUUGUCCAUAGCCACUAUAUUUUAGGAACAGAUUAUGCUGGGCAAACACUGAAUCAGUUGAGGACUUCUGGAAGACAUGUAGGACUGACCAAAGAAGAAACCCAAUCGAACCAUGAAGCUUUGCCAGUUUAGUGGUGACGCAAUUACAUAUUUGGCAGUAUGUUGGUUUUGGAGAGUUUGUUUCUUAUAUUUAAGGCUGUUUCCAAGGCUGCAGUUGGACUUGAUGGUCACUGUAGGUCCCUUCCAAAUGAACUGUUCUAUUCUAAGAUUGUAUAUGUGAAAACAUUCAUACAGUAUAACCUGUUGUGUUUUCUUCUAGUUAUCUGAAAGUGCAGAUUAUUUCUUUCAUGUAUAAAUUGCUGACCAUUAUUACCGGGGAGAUCAUCCUGAAGAUAGCAAACUUUUUAAUGCAGACUUACUAGUAGUCUUGUCAAGCUAUCGUAAGAUUAUUUUAUCUUUUAAAAUAUUAUUGUCAUUAAAAAGACAAAAAAAGGGUGAAAAGGGUAAUGUGCUGGUCACAAGUGAUUUUUUUCUCUUGCAGAUAUAGGAUCUUAGUUUAAGGCUGUGGUGCUGAUGAGCGUGUGCAAAUCCAGAGGAAAGUCCCAUUUUCCUUGUUUCUUUGAUAGAACAAGACUAAAAAUAUAUUUGAAUUACUAAUGAUAUUUUUAAAAGCAAGUGUGAAAGACUGAUCACAUAUUUACACAGAUUGUUAUGUAUUUAUAUAUUUGAGAAUAUUUUAAGACAUUUAGAUUUUGAAUUGUGGACAGUUGUUUAAUUUGGUUUUCUGCUAGCACAUAAGUGGAGGUUGACUCUCCCUGUGAAGAGAGCUACCUUAGGGAUGUGAGGGCUAAUAUCUCUUACUCCACCAGUAUCUUCUCUCUUGUUUAUAUCUGGAAAUAAUUUUGUAGAUAAACAAUAUAUUCUUGAUGCCUUAAGUGUCUUAAAGCUAAAUAAUUAUUGCAGGAGAAUGUCCAGGUUUAUGUCAGCAUCUGCAGAGGCUCUUACUGGUACUGGGGAGCUAGAUUGCUCUGAAAACUGCUUUCUGAGCCUGUUGAUACUUUGUGACCUGAGUUGGCUGCAUAUGAUAGGCUUAAUUCCAGGAAAUAAUAACCUGUUUUUAUUUUGCCGUGUUUUUACUAUUUUGCCAUUGCUUUCUGUAGUUUCUGCUAGAUGGAGGAAAAUAGUUUCUUUUUUGAAAACCUUUCAAUGUACCAGUUAUAGAUGUCACUGCUAAAAAUCUGAAAAACUGCAUUGAACAGCGAUACGUGAGCAGGUUUAACUCCAGAGAGUAUCUCACCUAAUGGUUUUGGGUAGAUAAUGCCUCCAGUACCAGGUACUAUAAAAACUUAGCCCAAAACAGAGGGUGGAAGUCUGCAGUUUGUCUCGUCCUCACCCUGGUCAGACUUCUCAGAUUAAUUCACCUGUCUGAAUUCUUAAAGAUGAGCUGUUGCAAAUCUGUGUGCUCUAUGACAGUGACAUCCAUAGCAAAGUUAAAUCGGGGACAGAUUUUUGGUUCCUCAAGAAACUGUUUCUGAAAUGAUUUAUCUUCAGAUUACUGCAGCUAAUAGCCAAAAUGUGGAUUCCUACCCAGAUUUUGAGAUCAUAGUGACCUUAAUGACCUUAGUAUUUGCAAUCUUCUCACUGCAAAUACUACUUUUCGUCCAAGGUGUAUCCCCUGAUAUUUGGAGAUUGUUUUGGAGCUGAACUCUGCUAUUUUGACUAUUGGCUGCUUCCUUCACAACUGUGGCCUUUGAGGGAACAGAGGAGUUAUUUGUCAAACUUCAGUUUUGAACACAUUUGGAGGAGAGGAGGACAUUAUUAAACAGAUAUUUAGGAGAUACUAGUUUUACCAUGUUUAGAACAAUGCAGAAAUAACUCCUAUUUACACCUCUCAUAGGAACUGCUAUUAUGAUUAAAGAAUUUCUUAAGAUCUGUUAGGAAGAUGCUUUGGAUCUAAAAAGAUCCUAAAAUAAAAUAAUAAAGUAAGAUAUAAAGAGAUAAAAAAAUCUAUGAGAUAGAUACAACUGUGUAUACUUGUAAAAUUGUAUUCAAUGUAAAUAUUUAGCUGGCAGUGUUUGCUUUAAUCUUUGCACAGUUAAAAUGAUCAUAGUAAUAGCAGGUUGGUUAGUACAUGUUACUGCAAAAUUCAAGUGACUAGAUAAGAAAAUUAAAAUAAGAAACUGAAAAUAUUGGAAGAAUCUGGACUUACCUGUUUGAGUCACAUAGGAGGAAGUAAUGGUGAGCAAAUGGGAAAUUAAGAUGAUGUAAAAUCUUUUUAAGAGUCUAUCUAGAAUGGCUGUACUUUAUAAAAAGACGACAUGAAAAAUCUGAACAGCACGCUUUUCAUUUACAUAGAUUUCUGUUUCAGUUAUAUUUUAAAAUAAACAAAGCCAGACAAGAUAAAAUCCCUAGUAUGUUUUCAUUAUAUUGAAAAUUGAAUUGAAAUUGUUGAUAAUUUUUAGGCGAAUAAUACAACUUACAAAUAACUGUGCUAUAGCAAGGUAUAGGGCCCCUUUAGCAAUAUGUGUCUCUGAACAGUCAAUUCCUUGUCCUGCUCUUACUAAAGAGGUAUGUUUGCAAGGGACUGAGUUGAAAGAGUGCUCCUAGAAACUCGGAAUUGGAAUGACCCUCCUGAAGGAGUGGACAAGAAUCACACCUGUGAAUGUGCACAUAUUGCAAAAUGCACAAGAAGCUGAAGGAGUAAAGUAGCUAACAGGAGUGGAAGUACUGUCUGCACACACCAAGUACACAUCAAACUGUUCUUAAAGAAGUAAAUCUCUUGAAUGACAAUUACAACUAACAGUGUCAAGUAUAGAUAUGAAAAAAAGCUACACAUUUUGGAGUAGAUUUUGAAGAGUAUUGCUGUGUAUGUAUUUUAAACAUUAGCAACUUGAUUUUUAAAGCACUUUUUUAAUCUGCAAAUGAGUGUUUUAUAUGUAUAUAGAUGAGUGUAUUUGGAGUGUUUCUUUUAUCAAACAGAGGCUUGAAUACUGGCCUCUUUGCCUAUCCCAUCCAUCAGGUGUGAUAGUCUGACUGUUUGUGUGAUCAUGUGAUUGAUUAGUUUGGGUAUAAAAAUUACUUAAGUUCUCUCCUUCCUCCUGGUCUUAUUUUCAAACAGACUCAGCUCACAAGACAAUUGAGUAAGCUAGUGUACAGACACAAACGAGGUGGGAGGAAGGUAACAGUGAAAGUGAUACUAGUGCAGAAAAAUGGUGGUAUGGAACUCUGAAACCAAGUGAAAUUUGGCCUUUUUUUCCUGCCAUCUUUCUUGCUUACCUUUUUUUGCUAAUCCCAUUACAGUGAACUUCAGUAAAGGAGGGUUAAACAGGAAAUUCUGGGAAAUAAUUUUCCCAUUACUUAACUGUGAAAGUUCUAGAGAAGAUGUGCAAAUACCUUCACUGGGAAUGACAGAAAGGUAUGAAAGGAUAUAUUUUCCCUAUGUGUUUUGAAAAUAAACAUCCUUGUUGUCUUCCUAGCCCAGGAGGAAAAAAGAAGAUGUCAUUCAAAGAUACAUUUCAGAUACAAAAAUCUGUAUUCACAUUUUAGUAAAUGUUAUUCGUAAGUAUUUGUAUACUUAGGAAAGUUUAUGUAGUAUUCAUUAAAAACUCAUGGAACUGAGAAGAGUGGCUGUUUAGAGUUCUUUUUGAAACCUUUUUUGCUUAGUCAAAAGUUACGUGACUUAAAUGAAAUCCUGAAUGAUCAUUGUGAUCUUUUUGAGCCUCUUGUUCUGUGAUAUGGCCAUUCAGAGGAACUCCUGAGACUUCAGAAAUUUAUUUACUGUUUGGGAAAUGCUACAUGAGCAAGAGCAGAUAUAUUUCUUUCAGAACAAAUGGAACUAAGUGGUAGCUAUAUAGCCGCUUUCCAAACCCAACUCUACAACUCUUAUUUAAAAGGUCUCAUGAUCAGAUGAAAAAGAGUGGAAAAGUAUUUAGUAAAGCAUUGGAUCAAUUUUGUGAGAACUAUGCUAUUGUAUAAGUGAUUUAGGAUCUGUUUUCCUUUCAGACAUUUUUCUUAUAUUUAUUAGAAUAAAUCC